AUGAAUAAAACGGAACCCUGGAGCGAGAAGAAUUUUCAGGAACUUCUCAACUUGGGAACUCGAGAUUCAAUAUGGAUAGUGGACGGUGGACUCGUGGAGACUCUCGAUUACGAGCGCCCCAGUUGUGAAAGAGAAGAAUUCACACUUGGUGUUGCGGAGACACCAGGGCUCGAGAGUCGAAACCCAGAGGCGCAUCUGGAUCCUGGAGGGGUUGACGAUCGUAUUUUCACAGUUGGGGCCGAUGAUUAUGCAGAAACAUGGUAUGGUUGGCGUGGUUUGAGAUCAAGAUUAGUGAGGGUAUUGCCAUUUUGGGCUUGCGAUUCAUCGAAAAGAUGCAUGAAACCGAAAUUGAAGGGAGAUGAGGGACGGUUCACCUCAUCGUAA